GACACUGUUGGGCGCUGGGAAACAUUGGACCUCUGCUUGUUGGUCGAGAAAGAGGAGGAGGUGUCUUGUCUGCCCGCCUGCUCACUCCCCCCCCAUCUCUCUCUCUCUCUCUUCUCUCUCUCCCUCCCUCCCUCUUUCAAUCAGCGAGGCUACUGCCACCAGAGCCAAGAGUUGCCGCUCCGCGCGCUGAUGCCAAAACGCGCAGGAGGAGUCAGUGCCAAAGGGUCAUUUUAGCGCACCACUGCUGAAAUCGAAGGACUGUAGGGAACCCUAGAAUAAUCAGCAGCCGCUUGACCCCAGAUGAUAUAAUCAUACUAUUAGAAUUAAGAAAAAAAAAGGGGGGAGAGGAAACAAAUAAGAGCCAAUACCUAUCGCCGGUGGAGUGCGCCGUCCUUCAUCUGUCACCACGGUCGCUGCAGAGGUGGGCAGUCCAGGAUUCUUCUGUCUUUUUUUGUCUGAAACAAAAAAAAAAGCUCAUUGCAAAAUAUUACCUACCUGCGUACAUAUCAGCUCAUCGGCCACUUAAAGUCGACUGCUUCCUAAAACACUUGCACUUUGGCUUCCUCAAUCCAGGUGUUGAGUCCUGCGAAGACGCGGUCGGACAUUUGUGGACAAACUGGUCUUCCAUCUAUAAAUUGCGCUCCGCUCCGACCCCUUCACCUCCCGCAGGGCGCAUCAGAAGCUGCGGCUCGAAGACUGUGAAUAGCGGAGGGAUUUAGGCAAAGGAGGGGAAAGUUGGUCUCCUGCGUUCCGGAGCAGACCGACACCACGGUGCAAGCCGACUCCAAGUGCCGUUCACCGGGCGAUGCCAGAGUAAAUGCCGGGGCAAUGUCCCGCCGCAAGCAGGUGAACCCGCAGCACUUAUCGUUGACGCACAGGGAGACAGUUCAAGCAGCAGCAGAUGCCAAUCAUGACUCAGGAGCGGGAUCUCCAUCUCCAGAGCCGUCCACUCCCAGCCCUCGGCGGCAUGGCCCCGGGGAGCACGAUCUGCUGACCUGCGGCCAGUGCCAGACCAACUUCCCUCUGGGCGACAUCCUUGUGUUCAUCGAGCACAAGCGCCGUCUGUGUCGGGGCCCCAGGAGCGGACCAGGGUCUUUCUCCAAACCAGGGGAGAGUGGCGGGGUCACGGGCAUUGCCAUUUCUCCCAGGGCCAGGUCCCUGGAGCUGUGCAGAGGGUCCAUUCCAGUGGAGGUGGGCAUCCAGGUGGGCCCCGGAGGAGAGGUGGAUGUGGACAGGAGGCUGACGCCGUCCAAGGGACUCUGCCCCAAACAGGAGAGAGGAGGGAAAGAUGAACCAUCCAGCUACGUCUGCACAACCUGCAAGCGGACCUUCACCAGCGCCUGGUUCCUGCUCCAGCAUGCCCAGCACACUCAUGGCAUCCGCAUCUACCUGGACCACCACCCGGUCAACUGCUCCUUCACUCCCCGCAUGGCUCUGCCUCCGCCCCCCGGCCUCGAGGCCCUGCCCCGCUCUCCUCUCCCCACUUUCCUCGGCGACACCAACAACCCAUUCCACCUCCUCCGCAUGGCCGCGCCCCUGCUCAGGGAACACCACCCUCCCCCGGGGUACAUGGAGACCCGACUGCCUGCGACGCCACCCUUUAUUAGCCCUCCACCUCCCCCAAGACUUCCUCUAGAGCGGCUAGGCCCAGAGGAGAUGGGGCUGCUGUCCCAGCACCCCAGUGCCUUUGAGAGGGUGAUGCGGAUGACCCCCAUGGAGCCUCCCUCCAUGGACUUCUCCCGUCGUCUGAGGGAACUGGCAGGCAACACAACCAAUAAUGGGGGGCCUACACCCCCUCUCUCACCCACCCGUGUGCCACACAUGCACCGCCUGCUAAGUCCUACACUUUUCCAGCCUGGCUCCAAGCCCCCAGCAUUUCUCACCUAUCCUCCACAGCCGCCCACUCCCCAGGGGGCACAUGGCUCCACCAGCCCUCCUGACACCCAGGGUCAAAACCAAGCCCCAGGAAAAUCCAAAUCCUGUGAGUUCUGUGGCAAGAUUUUCAAGUUCCAGAGCAACCUGAUCGUCCACAGGCGCAGUCACACAGGAGAGAGGCCGUACAAGUGUCAUCUAUGUGACCACGCAUGUUCCCAGGCAAGCAAGCUUAAAAGGCACAUGAAGACACAUAUGCACAACAAGUCUGGGUCCAUGAGUGGCUCCCCAGAACAGGGAAAUAGAGGAGAGGGAGGAGAGGGUGAGGAGAAGAGUCGGGAGGGAGAUUCAAGUGUGAUGGGAAUGGACAAUGAGGAGGAGGAGGAGGAAGAGGAAGAGGAAGAAGAGGAAGAAGAGGAAGAAGAUGAGGAGAUAAGGAAUGGAAGUCGGCCAGAUUCCAACUUAAGUGAGGACUCGCAGGAGUUCCGCCCGAAAUCGGACAAUGGUCCAAGACAGUCUCCUGAGGAGAAGACCAUGAGCAGGGACCGAGUAUGCGACAGUGGCGGUGUGGGCAUCAUGCACCCGUACAACCAUCUGGACAAUCACCUUAGACUUAACCCUAAUAAGAGAAGCCUGGAGAGACAACCUAAUGGAAAUGGUGGAGACAGGGGUGAAGCAGUAAGAGAAAGAGAGAACCAGAGGGAGCAGGAGAGAGAGCGAGGUGAGCAGGAGGACCAGAGGCCUGUGAUGAACGGCAGAAUUAGUGUAUCUGAAAUAGAUUCCUUCCCUGGGCUGUUUCAGCGUCGGCCCACCCCCAUCACCAGCCCAAACCCCUCCAACAACAAGAGGAUCAAGAUUGAGAAGGAACAGCUGGAGCUUCCCCCAACCAUACCGCUUAUCUCUCCUGAGAAUGUCUACUCUCAGCUCCUGGCUGGUUACGCAGCUUCACGCCACUUCAUCAGAGAACCCUUCUUGGGGUUCACUGAUUCCCGUCAGUCACCAUUCGCCACCUCCUCCGAGCACUCCUCUUCGGAGACAGGAAGCCUGCGCUACGCCACCCCGCCUGGUGAGCUGAUGGAGGGAGGGAGCGCCUCGGGCCGCAGCGGCAGCAGCACUCCUCACCUCCUGCGGGGUCCGGGACCGGGGAGGCCCCCGAGCUCCAAGGACAGGAGGAAUGACACGUGCGAGUACUGCGGCAAGGUGUUCAAGAACUGCAGCAACCUGACGGUGCACCGACGCAGCCACACGGGGGAACGGCCCUACAAGUGUGACCUGUGCAGCUACGCCUGCGCCCAGAGCUCCAAGCUGACGCGCCACAUGAAGACCCAUGGGCAGUUUGGAAAGGAGGUGUACCGCUGCGACAUCUGCCACAUGCCCUUCAGUGUCUACAGCACACUGGAGAAACACAUGAAGAAGUGGCAUGGCGAACAUUUGAUGGCCAGCGAGGUCAAGCUGGAGCAGGCGGACAGAGGUAUAGCCAGCGACCAUUAGUUAUACAGUCUUCAGUGUACACAAGAAAACACACACACACACACACACACACACACAGACACACACACACGUACACAGACACACACACACACACACACACACACACACACACACACACACACACAGACACACACACACACAGACACACAAAUGAAAUCCUUAUAACCACUUCUUCAGCUAUGGGGCUUGGCUGGAUGAUCUGUCUCUUUAAAAUAUUGAGACUGAUUGAUGUUCAUCUUUUUUUCUUGUCACAGAAACUGCCACCUGAGAAUAUAAACAAAGGGAAACUUUAAUGAGAACUUGUCUGGAAUGCCCAACUUGGUGUUUCCUGGCAAACUGUCUGAGGAUUUUAUCAGUUAGGAAUCCACGGAGCCUUUCUACUGUGCAAUAAUUUCUGUAUUUAUUGGAUUUUUGUAAUGAUAUUUGGCAUGUGCAGGUACAUCUUUGUGGGAUUUCAUAUGGAGUUAGUUUUGAAAUGUGCUAAAAAAAAAAAAAAAGAACCUUUUUUUUCUAAAAUGCGAUUACAGGAAAAAAAGUCACCCUUAAUACAAAAUAUCUUUUUUUUCCUUCAAGGAAGCUUAUUAUCACGUGAGAGCAAAGUUGUACGAAGCCGUUAGCUUUUAAAAGUAAAAAGAAUUGUUUUCUAUAUAAACUACAGCAGCGGACUACAAUCCAUUCCCUCAUACAGGCAUAAAGCACUGAAUGUCAGCCUGACAAUAAAACAUCGUGUCGGAUUUAAAAAAUCCAACAUCGUCUUAUAGAUCUGAUGAGUUGCUUUUAAUUUAUUCAGGGAAUUUGUCCUUUUUUGAAAUAAAUAAAAAUACUGGCAUGUGAAUUAUUUCAAAAAUGUAGUUACUUUACUGCUGUCCUCGCUUCAGUCAGGACAUAAAUAAAGGUUGCACUUAAUGGAGGUACCCUUAAAUGAUGCUCAGAACAUUCCCAAUGUAGGAUUAAACCGACAUAUUUAAUAUGUUGAGACUACUUGUGAUUAAUGUGAGAAGGAGAAAAGUCCUGUUUAUGGUUUGUAAAUAUAUUCUUUUUUUUAUAUAUAUAUGUUAAAGUAGCCCUGACUUUACGUGAAACACGGCCUAAAAUUAAACAAUCAGAAGACCAGCUGCUUGCAUCAUCCACAGUAUAUGCUAUAAGUGUAACUACCAUACAUUAUUGCUUUAUCAGACCCACUCGAUUACCUCCCCCACCGUACGUGUGCUUACUCAAAGGCGGUUUGUUAACCGAAAGAUACUUCAACAAUUGUAACACUUUCUGAAUCUGUCAUCUCUCUCUCUCUCUCUCUCUUUCUCCCUCUGACCCAGUCCGACUGGCCCCUGUCCCCUUAGGACGCACAAAAUGGUUUCAAAUGAAAUUCAUAUCAAUACGUGUUAGCGUGUGUGUUCUUCUCUCGGCGGCGUGCUCUAAGCCGCUCUCCGACGGCGUCUUUUCACAGUUCACUAGCUCAGAUUCAUGCAUUAGAGCGGCUUUGAAAAAAAAAAAAAAAAAAAAGGAAGCCGGUUCAUUCGCCUCACAAAGUGAUACGGGUUUAACUCCCAGUAACAGAUUUU